AUGUCUGACUUUACUGCGAUUUUUGAGGAGAUUGAAGCGAUUAAUCCUGCACUCCACGGCUACCUCCAAAGAACUGAUGUCCGACUGUGGACGCGUGUUCAUUUCCCGGGCGAGAGAUACAAUUUGAUGACUACAAACAUAGCGGAAUCAAUGAACAGAGCAUUGUCGAAUGCUAGAGGUCUAAACAUUGUUCGAAUAUUAGAAUCGAUACAGGUUAUGAUGACCAGAUGGUUUGCUGAACGGAGAGAGGAUGCCAGAUCGCAGCCAACGACGCUUACGCAUGGUGUCGAGAAACUACUACAUGGUCGUGUAACUGCCGCCAGAGAUUUGACGGUCCAAAGGAUUGAUGAUCAUCACACUGAAUUUAAAUAUGGAUCUUCUAGCGAGUCUUUGAAUGUGUUUAAUUUGGUAGAGCGAAAGUGCACAUGUCGGCGUUUCGAACGCGAGAAAUUACCAUGUGUACACGCAAUCGCAGCUGCGGAGUAUAACAAUGUUUGUCGUAUAUCCAUGGGCAGUCUUUACUAUAACAGUGCAUAUUUGGUGAGCGCAUACACUGAACCGGUCAUGCCGGCUAACUCAGUGCAACCUGUUCCAGAAAUCGUGGCUAACCAACCAUGCUUGCCCCCGUCUAUUCGUCAACAGCCAGGAAGACCUGAGAAAAUAGGAUGA